AUGAGUAAACAAAUUCCCAACAAUCCAAAGGAACACCAUCCGGUGAAUCCCUUGGCAUAUGCAGAUCCAAAUAAUUUGUAUAAUUUAGUUUGCAAUAUGCCACCACCGCCACCUCCACCAGCUGCCAGUGUAGCAGCACCACCUCCGCCGCCACCACCACCAUCGGUGCCAUAUCCUGGUGAAAGUACAUAUGAUACGACCAUACCAGCAGCAACGGAUCACACGGCUGUUGCUAAAAGCUAUGAAGACACAUAUGAUUAUGGCAGCAAUUAUCCCGCAUCCUACGAUAGUUAUGCUGCCGCAAAGGCUUGGCAACCUCCAGUUGCUGGCAGUACAUAUUCUCAACAUUCCUAUGAGUAUGGUGGCGAACCAACUUAUCAUCGUGGUCACGGUGAUUAUCGCCAUUCCUCGUAUAAAUAUGGUGCUGGUGUCGGUUCGUAUGCCAGCAAUUAUUAUUCUUAUGGAGCACCAGCAGCACCUUCCGCCUCAUCACACAGUAAUUCUGGCUCCAGUUAUCGUUAUUCCUCAUCAUCUUCGUCAAGACAUCGUGGAGAUUAUUAUUCACGUGCUGGAUCAUAUAGUGGUUCAGACGUCAGAUCCUCCAAAUCAUCAACAUAUGCCGAGGGAUCUUCAAGUAAAAGUGAAAAACGACCAAGGGCACGUGAAGAACGUCCCGUGAAACCAGAAACCGAACGUGAUCGUUUACUACGUAUGUGGCGUUCGAAUUAUUGUGAAACACCCGAAGAUAUACAACGUAAAAUGGAAGAAUUGGCCGAAAUGGAUGAAGACACCCCUGAGGUGUGGGUAAGAUCCUCUCCAGCUGAUUUAUAUUAUCGACGUACCAAUGUGGUGCAAGAAGUUGAGGCCACCAAACGUUUGUCGCUGUUGUGUGAAUUAUUCGAAGAGGAAUUGCUGAAACGUUCUGAACGUAUACGAGAAAAAUUACCACCCUAUUGUCCACCACCAAGACAGGCACGACGUCGUGUCUGUAAACAUAAAUCUGAAGGAUGUUCCUCAUCCGAUUCAGAUUCUUCGGAUAAUGAAGAAUUUAAACUGGAGCAGGAUAAUUGUAUGGAAGAGUUGUCACGUAAAGUCCAGCAUCCCUAUCGGGUACAUGCAGAUUUAUGGCACAAUGAACCCGGCGAAAUGAAUGAUGGUCCGCUGUGUCGGUGUUCUCAGAAAUCUCGUAGAGUUGGUAUACGCCAUGGCAUCUAUCCGGGAGAGAAGUGCUAUCCAAAAUGUGAUCCAAAUUCAAAUAAUGCCAAUAGGCUUUACCAUUAUCGUAUUACCAUUUCACCACCAACGAAUUUCUUAACAAAAACUCCCACCAUCAUCAAACAUGAUGAACAUGAAUUCCUGUUUGAGGGAUUUUCAUUGUUUUCCCAUUUUCCGCUGGGUGAUUUGCCGACCUGCAAGGUUAUACGUUUCAAUAUUGAAUAUACGAUUUUGUAUGUUGAGGAAAAAAUGCCGGAGAAUUUCACAGUCAAGGAACUGGAUAUAUUUUUUAAAUAUUUAUUCCACGAGCUUUUGGAACUGGUAGAUUUCUCGCUAUUACCCAAAUCGGAGGAUAGUGACAGUGACACCUGUCCAGCAUUCCACUUUCUGCCACGUUUUGUUCGUGACCUACCCGACAAUGGCAAAGAAGUGUUGGCCAUGUGUGAAGUACUGAAAUAUCUAUUGGAUAAUGCGGGACCCCUGGUCGAUGGCCCCCUAUUGAGUAAACUAACACACACUCCGCAAAGUGAGUGGCAAGAUUAUGUGGAUAAUUUCAAGGGCAUGUUGGCCACGAAGCCGGGCUAUAAACCCAGUUCCAUACGUGUUGAUCAAUUGGAUCGUAAUGUUGCCGAUUUACCCGAAUGUUAUGACAAAGAGGAGGGUAUUUGUCAUCCGGCCAUUGUACAUUUUGGUAUACGACCUCCACAGCUUAGCUAUGCCGGUAAUCCGGAAUAUCAAAAGGCAUGGAGAGAAUAUGUAAAAUUUCGCCAUCUCAUGGCCAACAUGUCCAAGCCAUCGUUUAAGGAUAAACGUAAGCUGGAAGAGAAGGAAGCCAGAUUGCAGGAAAUGCGUACCCAGGGUAGAAUGAAACGUAAUGUCACUGUGGCUGUUAGUUCCAAGGGUUACCAUCGUACGGGAAUUAUGUGUGAUAUUGUGCAGCAUGCCAUGUUGGUUCCUGUCCUAAGUGGCCACUUGAGAUUCCACAAAUCUUUGGAUUUCCUGGAGAAGAAAAUUGAAUACAAAUUUAAAAAUCGUUAUCUUCUGCAAUUGGCUCUCACCCAUCCUUCGUACAAGGAAAACUAUGGCACCAAUCCCGAUCAUGCCCGUAACUCACUGACCAAUUGUGGUAUACGUCAGCCGGAAUAUGGUGAUCGGAAAAUCCACUAUAUGAACACCAGGAAAAGAGGUAUCAACACCUUGAUCAACAUUAUGUCCCGCUUUGGCAAGGAAUAUGAAACCAUGUCGAAUAUUACACACAAUGAACGUUUGGAAUUUUUGGGUGAUGCCGUGGUGGAAUUCCUCAGUUCCAUACAUCUGUUUUUUAUGUUUCCCGAGCUGGAAGAAGGUGGCUUGGCAACAUAUCGAGCGGCAAUUGUCCAAAAUCAGCAUUUGGCUUUGCUAGCCAAGAAACUGCAUUUGGAGGAAUAUAUGCUCUAUGCCCAUGGUUCGGAUUUGUGUCAUGAGUUGGAAUUGAAACAUGCCAUGGCAAAUUGUUUCGAAGCCCUGAUGGGGGCUUUGCUUUUAGAUGGUGGCAUAUCCGUGGCCGAUGAAGUCUUUAUGAAUGCCCUUUUCAUGGAGGAUGACCAAUUGCGUGAAAUUUGGAAGAAAUUACCCGAACAUCCACUGCAAGAGCAGGAGCCCAUGGGUGAUCGCGAUUGCAUUUCAUCAUAUCCCAUGCUGCAGGAAUUGUGUAAAUUCGAAGAAUCCAUUGGCAUACAAUUUAAACACAUACGUCUAUUGGCCCGAGCCUUUACGGACCGAUCCAUUGGUUUUACUCACCUCACCCUGGGUUCAAAUCAACGUUUGGAAUUUCUAGGUGAUACUGUUCUACAGCUAAUAUGUUCGGAAUAUCUUUAUCGUCAUUUUCCGGAACAUCAUGAAGGUCAUUUGUCGCUGCUACGUUCCUCUUUGGUCAAUAAUCGUACCCAGGCUGUGGUUUGUGAUGAUUUGGGUAUGACUAAAUACGCCGUCUAUUCUAAUCCAAAGGCUGAGCUGAAAACCAAAGAUCGCGCCGAUUUAUUGGAAGCCUUUUUGGGCGCCUUAUAUGUAGACAAGGGUCUACUCUACUGUGAACAAUUUUGCCAUGUUUGCCUCUUCCCUCGAUUGCAAAUGUUCAUCAUGAAUCAAGAUUGGAAUGAUCCUAAAUCAAAAUUGCAACAAUGCUGCUUGACUUUGCGUACCAUGGAUGGUGGUGAACCGGAUAUACCGCUCUACAAGGUCAUAGAAUCUUCAGGGCCGACCAAUACACGAGUCUAUACGGUGGCUGUGUAUUUUCGCAAUAAACGUUUGGCCACAGCCACCGGGUCAUCAAUACAACAGGCCGAAAUGAACGCAGCCAAACAGGCAUUGGAAAAUUCCCGAGAUCUAUUUCCCCAAUUGGAUCAUCAGAAACGUGUCAUUGCAAAAAGUAUUAAAAAACAGACAGGACGUGAAAUCAAUCAGGAUAUGGAUGGUAAUUCGAAGGAUGAAAAGAAGCCGAAACAUAAACCGCACAUUGCCGAUGAAUCACAUUUACCCAAACAAUAUCGCGAAAGGGAGGAUAUAUCAAGUGAUGAACUGCCAGAUGAUGAGGAUGAAGAGGGGCAGGAGGAGGUGGGGGUGAAUGCGAAACGACAAGAAAGUACGAAUAGGAAAUUGCCAGCAACAGGUAAUUCAUCCAACAGCAUGAUAGAUUCUGAUACAGAUGACACGUCGGCCUCAAUAACACCCAAGAAACGUGUACGACGACUCUCCACCUGCUCAUCAUUGAAAGAUGAAAAUCGAAAAUCUCAACAGCCCAAAGAAAGCACAACGAAAUUGGACUUGCCCUGUGAAGAUAUUAGCAGUGAUGAAGAUUUUCAUCGUUCCGAAGUGGAAGAAGAUAAGGACAAUGUGGAAAAAACAAAUCCCAUACUAAGUGAUUUAAAAGAUUUAGUCGAAGAUAUAUCAUCGUCAUCAGAUUUAGAACCUGAACCGGGCGAAAUAUCUUGUUAA